AUGUCAGAAACAUCCUUAGGUCAAAGGAACAAUUUUUAAGAUUAAUAAGAUUAUGUUCCAUAAUUGAUGGAAUCCUCAAGAUUUUAAUAAGUAUGAUAAAUACUAUUGAAAGGAAAAAUAAUAGCAAUAAAAUGAAUAGCAAACAAUUUUUAAUUCUUAGGUUUAAAACUAAAAUCCUGAAUAUUCAUAAUAAUAAAAUGAAAAUAAAUAAAUUGAUAGAACAGCUCCUUUUAUUUUUACAACUUAAAAUAUGCCAAAAGUAUAGGAUAUAAUUUUUAAACUAGAUAAAUUGUUUUAAUCAUUAAGGGUAAACAUUUACAAAUUUUUGCAAAUGUAAAGAAUGUUUGCUACCUUUGUGUCCAGAAUGUAUGAAAGAACAUGUAUAUGAGCAUUCUCAGUUUAGAUCAUAUCCAUAGUUGGAAUGUUUAGAAAACAUAUUGACUAAUGUUCAUUAAGAGGUUUGUUAAUAAGGUAUAAUAUAAUAAAGAAUAUAUAUAGCUAAAUAAUUAGUAUUUGCUUUCAUGGAUAUUAAAUAAUCAACAACUUAAGCAUUAUCUUAUACAUAAGAAACAGUAUAGAAAUUAAAAGAAGCUAAAUAGAGAAUUCUAAAUAUAGUGGAAUAGUAUUUUAAUGCCUUAGAGAUAGAAUUAGAAAAUAAAUAAAAAAAGAACUUUGAAAAUUUUGAUCAUGAUGGACAGGCUUUUAUUUCUGUUUUAGAGGAGAGAUGGAGGUCUCAUGUAAAUUUCUUAGAAAAAUUAAAAUAACCAGAUUGCAUGUAUUCAUUGUUACCAUAUUUAUUAUCUACAACUAAAGAAGAUAAUGAAUUAUAUUUUAAGACAGCUUAAGUAUUUUCAUCUAGAUUUAAAGAAGCUUCAUCAAUAAUCAAUUUUGAUACUGUAAAAUCGUAAAUUAUUUAUGAAAUUCAUAAUUAGUUCCUAGCUUAGUACAUAAAUUGCAUAAAUUGUAAAUGUGAUCCAUAGAGAUUUACCAGAAUUUCUUGACAUUCAUAAACUAGCUUCUCCAGAAAUUAUUUAGACUAAAGUUUUAACAGUCAAAUCAUAAAAUCUUUAAGUUUCACAAAUAAAUCCUUAUUAGAAUUCUAAAAUUUAAGAUAACAUGAUUUUAAAGGAAAAAAUUCAACCUUCUAUAGUAUAACAAUAAACAGGAUUAGAAUAAUCUUAUGGAUAUCAAUAACAAUUAAAAGUUCCUAUGCAAUAUGUUCCAAAUUAAUAAAUUUAGAAUCCAAUUUUUUAUAAUGGAUCACCAUAAUAAAGUUAUGGAUAAUAACCUUUCAAAUAAUCAUAGUUAAUUUAGACUAAAUAAUUUUAAGGCCAUCCUUAAACCAUUUAAUCUUAUAUUUAACCAAACUAUUCUAAUUUUAAUCCAUAAUUUUCUAAAAAUUAAGGGCAUUCAUCCUAAAGAUAUUAUUGA